GAUAUGCAGAACAAUUUCCGAUAAAUCAGCUUUCGCGUUUAGUACUUUUGAGUUAUGCCGCUCCUGAGCGUGCCAACUUUAGACAAUAUGAUUCGUUAAUUUUAAAUACUUAUAAUUCAAAAGUUAUUAUAGCCUCAACAUUUUGGUAUUAGAAUUUUCGUCUCAAAAUGAUCUCAAAAAUCUCCCUUUAAGCAUCGUUGAUUUCUUUCCUGGACACCCUGUAUAAAUAUAUAUAUUCCUUAAGACAGAGAAGGAAAGAGAAUAUAUAUUUUUUAUAUAUAUUAUUUAUAUAUUCUCUUUCCAUCCCUCCCUUAAGAUAAUAUCAUAACCAGAAUGAAAACUGGCGGAGGCACUUCGAAUCAUUUGAGUACAAACGUAAACAUGGAGCAACGUUUAAGAAGUCCGAAGUGUGCAAGAUGUCGAAAUCACGGUGUAAUAUCCGGCUUGAAAGGUCACAAAAGAUCCUGUGCAUGGAAAGAUUGUCGAUGUCCUUGUUGUCUUCUAGUCGUCGAAAGGCAGCGAGUGAUGGCAGCGCAAGUUGCUCUACGUAGACAACAACAAGCGCAAGGCGAUCUUUUAUCUUCAGCAAGUAAAAUAUCAGCGGACACUGUAAGUCCUUAUUACGUUAAAGCAAAAUACAACGAACCUGUGUGCGGUAGAAGAACCAAGAAUGUUCAAAGGCAUCAUUUACAUUUCACGCAGACGAGUAUUAGCGUAACGCAGGACUUCUACGGUUUAAAUACCAUACAUAAUUUACCUGGUGCAUUAUCAGCCCAUCCACGUUUGCUGAGUAAUUUAUCUGCUCUGGAAUGCGAUCAAAAACAAGAAGCUGAACCCAUACUGAAGAUAGAGUCUUUCCAUUCUUCAUAUCCGACAAUGGUUCCAUGGUUCAAUGAGGUAACGCAAUCGUACAUAGCGAAUAGAGAAUUGAAUGAUUUUAUUUCUACGAGAGAUUUGCGACACUGUCCUACUACAACCAAUAAACCUUGUUUAGAAAAAAAAGCGCCAAUUUCCUUCAGUGUGGAAUCUAUUAUCGGUAUGAAAUAAUGUUAUCUGUAUUUUAAUUAUC